AUAGAAAAAUAAUGCACUUAGCUUAAAAGGAGAGCAUAAAAAUACGGCAACAUAUGAAUCACAAAUCGAAUAAAAUCAUCACAAUCCAAUCCGUGCAGAGGUCUCCAAUCCUUGGCUUUCCAAACCCUAGAAGCUCCCAACUACAGAAAAAUGGAUGGAAGUGAUGCAGAUGAUACGAAGCAGAGCACUGCUGAUAUGACUGUAUUUGUGCAAAAUCUUCUCCAGCAGAUGCAAAGCAGGUUCCAGACAAUGUCGGACUCCAUUAUUUCGAAGAUCGAUGAGAUGGGCACCCGGAUAGAUGAAUUAGAGCAGAGCAUCAAUGAUCUAAAAGCUGAAAUGGGACAGGAAGGAACUCCAUCACCCUCCGCUGCGAAAGCAAAAGAAGAACCCAAGACGGCUGAUGAUUCUGCUUAGUGUUUAACAUCAACUUAAUGUGUUAUUUUGUUUAUAUCCAUGGUUACACAUUACUUGUUUGUAUUUGCAGCUUGUAAUUUUGAAGCUCAUUGAGUCUGAGACAUGUACGUAAUAGAGCACUUUUUUGUGCCUUGUUAUAAACAGUUAAGGGAUAAUCAUUCUUUCUC